GGUUUACCAUUCCCGGAAAAGGAACAAAAUGCUGUUGAAGCAUGCUUUUUAUUUGCUGUACAUCGAUUAAAUUUUCAACCUAGUCAAAUAUAUGUACUUGGUUGGUCAAUUGGUGGCUAUACAGCAUCUUGGAUAGCUAUGAACUAUCCUGAUAUAGCCGGUUUG